UUACAACAAAAAAUCUUAGAACUAAGAUUUAUUGCUUGCAUUGGUGAAACCUUGCAGGAACGUGAAUCUGGCAAGACCGAAGAAGUUGUCUUCAGACAAAUGAGCGUAUUGAGCAAGUACGUUAAGGACUGGACCAAUGUGGUCGUUGCCUAUGAGCCAGUGUGGGCUAUUGGCACUGGCAAGACUGCCACCCCAGAACAGGCUCAAGCUGUUCAUUCUGUCCUCCGCAAAUGGUUGGUUGACAAUGUUUCCCAAGCUGUCUCUGAUUCACUCCGCAUUCAAUAUGGAGGUUCAGUGACUGCUGCCAAUGCCCAGGAACUUGCCUCCCAGAAAGAUAUCGAUGGUUUCUUGGUUGGAGGUGCUUCUCUUAAACCUGAAUUCGUUCAAAUUGUGAACUCUAGGCAAUAAGUUCAUCAUCUUGCCGGCAUCAGCAAAAUCAUCAUUUGAAAUCAGGAAUUUCAGCUUAUAUUUAUCAUCUAUUUUAGAGUAGCGAAAGUAAAUUUAGAUUUCUAUAAGAAAAAAAAAAACAAGUUGAGAAGCAACAAAGUUUUGUAUAAUUUUGUUGGGAAGUAUUUUUUGUUCUUUGAUCAGUCACAUCUCAAUGUUAAAUGAGGUAUUUUUGUUACUUUGUGAUUUCGUUGUUUUUCUUUUGAAGUAAAAAGCAAGACCAACCACAAAGUAAUAAGAAUAUUUUGAAUGUUAAAAUUGUUUAUAAAAAAAUAAAGUAAAAAAAAAAUAUAUUUAAGAAUAGAAAAAUAUUCGUUCUUUCCAUAGCUUUCUUGACGAUAGUAAAGGAAGUUCUAGGGGUGAUGGCAAGAAAGAAAGGUGAUUGUCAACUAGUUUUGCUGGUCUGGACUCAUUUCCCAAGGGAAAUUGUAGUUUCGUUUUGUUAAAUUAGCUGAAUAAAAAUUUUAGCUUUUAUAAUUGCCUAAAAAUUUUAAAACGAUUAAAAAAAAGAAAAAAUGUUGACAAAAACUCAACUUCCUCAUUUCUUCUUCUCACAAUAGGUAUUGUUAAUCAUGCAAUAUUGUAAUGAGGGAAUUUAUUUUAAACUGAAAUUUUUGCACACCCUAGUGUGUGAAUUCUAAGAUAAAGUGAAUUAACAAUGCAAUAUUUUAAGUAAGGAUGACACCUAGAAUCUUCCCAAAACAACGUCCCAAGUUGGUUCCUGUCAAUAAGGGAGCAAUGCCAAAGUUGCUAGAUAAAUUGUUUCGAAAUAGAAGUCAAAUAAGAAAAAAAAAUUGUUUUUUACUGAAUUGGAUAUAAAGUACAACCAAACCCAAGUGCCAAAUAAAAGCAAACAACAGCGAUUUUUUUUUAUUGAUUUACAUUUAUUUUGUUCCUUUUUUGUAUAUUUUUAUUUUUAUAAAUUAAAUAAAGUAUUUUCGAUAAAUUAAAAAUAAUAAUGUAACAUAAGCUCCAUAGUGUUUGUGUGUGUUUUUGUUGUUUCUUUUACAUAUAAAUUAAAAUAAGAAAUAAAAAAAUAUGUUGAUGUAUGCUCUCCCAUCGACGACGACUCCUAGUUUUUUUUUUGCUUUUUUUUUGAAGGUGACAUGUUAUUGUAUAAAAAUAAUAAAUACAUAGGUAGGUAAAAUAACCUCUUUUGUCAACGAAAACGUUUUAUUUUUUGAUUUGUAAAUGUCGUUUGCUUUAAGUGCAUACAAAAUUGUUAGUUUUUGUUUUGGUUUUCCCGUCGUUCGAAGUUACUUUAUUCAAAAACAAAAUAAAAUUAAAAUUGAAAAAUACUAGAAAAAAAAAAUAA